AUGAUUUUGCGUGUUGAUGCGUUCCAUGAAUCAUAUCGUCUAUUAUUUUACGCACCAUUUUGGAUCCUUAAUCGAACAGAUCUUAAACUUGAUUUUCAAAUUGAGAAUAAUCGAAUGUUGAUUGAUGUUAUUGAAAGACCAUAUUUAAUUUGUCCAGAAAAAAUAGGAAACUACAAAAUUGGUGAUGCACCAUUACUUAUUGUAAAUUUGUUCGAAAAUGAUUCGAUUCCUUUUCGUCAAUCCAAAGAUGUACGAACAGAAAUCUUACCACCAUUGAAUUAUGUUUAUUAUACAUGGAUAGAUCCAUUGCAACCAAAAUUAUUACUUGUAUCACGUGGAUCGCAAACAAAAGAUCCAUUAGGGAAAGAAGGUGAUCCUGUUUAUGCUGUAUUUCUUGAUGGUGUUCAAACAGUAUUACUCUUUUGUGAUGAUUCAAAAUUAAUUCAAACGAUUGCAGUCAAAUCACCAUUAAGUGACUCUAUGGAUCAACAAAUACAAAUUGGUAUAAAGGAUAUUGGUAUUUCUAUUGUUAAUGAUAUAUCACGAGAAGAAUUGUUUUAUAUAAGUUUAAAUAAAUCCAAAAUUGUUUGGACUGAAAUGAAGAAAUCUCGUGUUAAAAUUUUGUCUUCUGAUAUAAAUCAACAGUUAGAAGAACUUUAUCGAACUUAUACUCAACAAUACGAAAUCAAUCCGGAUGAUAAACAACUUAUGGAAAAGAAAUAUCAAAUGGAAGGAUUUCGGGAAAUCACAUUUCAUGAUGAUACAGCGGAACUGAUAGAUUCUAAAGAUCGAAAGAAAACUGCAAAACGUCAGGCAUUAGAUGGUCUAUGGGUUGAAUACUCAUUCUCAACAAUGAAUUCUGCAUUACAUUUACGUAUCAAUCGUUUACAAAUCGAUAAUCAACUUAGUUAUACAAUGUUUCCUGUGAUGCUUUAUCCUGUUAUUCCGAAAUCGACAGGAAAUGAAUAUGUUGAAAAACCAUUCAUCGAAUUGAGUAUUUAUGAAUCAAAAUUGGCACAAACAAAUAUAAAACAAUUCAAAUAUUUCAAAUUACUUAUUCAAGAAUUUGCUGUUCAAAUUGAUCAAGGUUUAAUUGUUGCAAUUCUUAGCUUCUUGACACAACACAAUAUUAAUUCACCACCAAUGAUCAAUAUGAGUAGCGAUUUAGAACAAAUUCGAAAAUCACUUGAUAUUAUCAUUAAAUCCCAAAUUGAUAGUCCAUCGGGUGAAACCGAAAUGUUUUUCGAUAAUAUUCAUUUAUCACCACUUAAGAUUCAUGUUAGUUUUUCGAUGCACGGAUCAAAUCCAAGUGAAAAAUUAUUAAAUGAAUAUCCCUUAGUUGGAUUUCUUUUACAAACAUUGAAUGUAGCCGAAGUACAAGAUGUUAUUUUACGGUAA